AUGCCAACAGACCAGUCUGGGCUUAAUCCAGUCACUAUAAAAUGUCCCAAUAUUAACUCCGUUAAAACAGACCAUGAAACCAUUAAUAAUAUUCACAAUUUAACCAAUAAGUCUUCUUGUAUCACGGAAAUUGCUGACUCACACACACCUGACCUAAUGGACACUACUACUAUAAUAAACUCCACACACGAACCCAAGGAAGCUGACUCACCCAAAACCCUUCCUCUACCACUACACGCAACACCAGACAAACUUUCUGACAAAAUCCAUUCACCUUCCAUCUCCGACCACCUCCAAAAGAUUUCUUUGCAUGCCACCCAGCACGAGCCAAUCACAAACCUACCUUCUCCAAUGGAUCAACACUCUUUCUCAAUUCCAAUGGAUGCUCAUCAUUACCCGCCAUAUGAUAAGCCCUUGCCUCUACUCAACCCUACCCCUAUUAUACACAAUGAAACCUCUCACACUAAUACCACGCUUGAACCUCCGAUCAACCUGCCUAACCCUAAUAUAACAACAACUACAAAGCCCUGCAAUGCAAAGACCUUGGUUUACAACCUUCAGAGAAAAUCACUAGAUCAAUCACCACCACUUUCACUUCCCACGUCUGAUAAUGAAUGGGCCACCCCACCUACAACCCACAACACCACUGAUCUACACAUCCCAAACACCACCUCUAGAAUAUCCACUCCAAUCAUGGUUAGAGAUGGGGCUACAGAGAUACUCCCUAAUCUUCACACUAGAACUCAACAACCAGGAGAUCAUACGCCUCGUCCAAAAUCCAACUUAUCUGGAAAAAAUUGUAACAGAGGGGAUGAGGUUAGGGAUGGACGCAGUGAAUCAACCCCAAUGGACCAGCAUCCAUACUCCCCUACUGUUGGAACACAUAAGGCCAUCAACAUUAACUUAGUCUCCAUGGGCUCAUCCGACUUUCCCACCUCUAUACAGCUUCCACCAAGCCAUAGGUCCCCUCUCUUUCUUCCCACAACACCAUACAUGGAUGAUCUAUGCCCCGUGAUUUCAACACAUAAACUCAUUCUCACCCCAACAUUGAGUUUGUCUCCAACGAGUGUCCAAGAACCAAUAUCACCUUCACCCAGCCCACCACCAGUUCCACCUCCAUCGCUAAACAUACUAAGAGAGCAAACAAGGCUAGAACUAGUACAAAUAAUGGAAGAGAUGAGGGAAAUACGAACAGAGUUCAUCUGGCUAAAGGGAUUUUAUCUCUACAGCCUAAAGGAGUAG